GGAAGCCGAGUGCGUCGGUUGGAGGCUGUGGUGAGAUGGAAAAACACAGAGAUUGGUCAUACUGAGCAGAAUUGCGUUUAAAAAGUUUGUUUUCGCACUUUUGCAACAACACAAAGACGAGGGGGACAACUCUAAAUUAAAUAUCUGAGGGUCUAACCCUGGUGGAAGAAUGAAGGAAAGGAUGGUUUCUGCAGAAGAGGCCAACAAGCACGCAGUGAUUACUUAGUUGGAAAAAAUUGCCUUUGCAUCAUAUUCUUCAGGGUCCCCCCUUAGCCUUCCCCCCCCCCACCUUCUCAGAAGAAAGGUCACAGGAAUGUCAUCAAUAGUGGUUCAAGUUAUAUGCCUUCUUUAGACUCUCUGGUUACAUUGUGAAUUUUUAAAGGGAGGUUGGUUCUUUGGGGACUAAGCUGGCAUGGCUAGGGUCCCAACCCCUCCCCCACCCGGGGAGACAGCCAGCGGUCCCGUGGCUGAGAGCUGGUGCUACACUCAGGUCAAGGUAGUUAAAUUCUCCUACAUGUGGACCAUAAACAACUUCAGCUUUUGCAGAGAGGAGAUGGGGGAGGUGCUGAAGAGCUCAACCUUCUCAUCAGGUCCCAACGAUAAGAUGAAAUGGUGCCUGCGAGUGAACCCCAAGGGACUUGAUGAUGAAAGCAAAGACUACCUGUCCCUGUAUUUGCUGCUAGUUAGCUGUCCGAAAAGUGAAGUUAGAGCAAAGUUCAAGUUCUCCCUGUUGAACGCCAAAAGAGAAGAAACUAAAGCCAUGGAAAGUCAAAGAGCUUAUCGAUUUGUCCAGGGGAAGGACUGGGGAUUCAAGAAAUUCAUUAGGAGGGAUUUUUUGCUCGACGAAGCAAAUGGACUCCUGCCAGAUGACAAGCUCACGCUGUUCUGUGAGGUGAGUGUGGUCCAGGACUCUGUGAAUAUCUCUGGCCAGUCCAACAUGAACAUGCUGAAGGUUCCAGAAUGCCAGCUGUCUGACGACCUGGGGAACCUCUGGGAGUGUUCGCGUUUCACUGACUGCAGCCUCUACGUCGGGGGGCAGGAGUUCAGAGCUCACAAAUCUAUUUUAGCCGCAAGAUCGCCUGUUUUUAAUGCCAUGUUUGAGCAUGAAAUGGAGGAGAGUAAAAAGAACCGUGUGGAGAUAAGCGACGUCGAGCCUGAAGUUUUCAAGGAGAUGAUGGGAUUCAUUUACACAGGAAAGGCACCAAAUCUGGACAAAAUGGCUGACAGCUUGCUGGCAGCAGCAGACAAGUAUGCUCUAGAUCGCUUAAAGGUCAUGUGUGAGGAAGCGCUGUGCAGCAGCCUCUCUGUGGAGAAUGUGGCAGACCUUCUCAUCCUCGCUGACCUGCACUGUGCCGAACAGCUCAAAGCACAAGCCAUAGAUUUUAUUAACAGGUGCAGUGUCCUACGACAGCUGGGCUGUAAAGACGGAAAAAACUGGAAUAGCAAUCAAGCGACGGACAUAAUGGAGACAGCUGGCUGGAAGGCGAUGAUCCAUUCCCACCCUCACCUAGUGGCAGAAGCCUUCCGUGCGCUCGCCUCCGCACAGUGCCCGCCCUUUGGCCUUCCGCGGAAACGCUUAAAACAAUCCUGACUUCUCAGCAGUUUAUGGACUUCCUACGGAGGGCGAAAAAGACAUGGUCUGUGAGAGCUGUUCCCCCCCACCCCAUUUCCCAUACACCAAAAUGAGAGCAACGUUGAAGCCGUGUCUGUCUGAAUGCAAGCAUCUCCAGGCCUUCGGCAGGGGUUUGAUGGUGAUCUCAGAACAACACUUUGCUCCUGUUACUUAUGGAGCCGUUGUUUGGUUUUGGUCAUCAAGCUUUAACAGCCUUAAAACUAUACGGCAUUGUUUGAGAGUCCAUGAUGUUUCUGUAUUUAACUGUGUGCCUACCUUGUCAUAGAGACCAGGCCCCCUGCCUGAUUGCACUAGUUCCCAGAAUGCAGUAUAAUGCAUUGGUUUUUAAUAUGGGAGUUCUGCAGGAAUGUGUCUUUGUCUAAUAGGAAAUAUUGAAUAUCCUUAAUAUUUAGCUUUUUUUCAGAGCAUGAGUCUGAUUCCAGUUACACUUCUUACCGCAACAAUAUGCCCCAUAUUGAUGGCACCAUUGUCAUGUAAAGACAAAAGGAUCAUCUUAAAACAACCGUGUGAACAUAAACUAGUCUGUCUGGAAAGUACUUGUGAGAUGCAACUUGCAUUGAGACGUUUUGUGAUGUGAAUGUAACAAAAUGAACUUGAAUACUUGUGUAUUCUGCACCUCUUAAAGAUAGUGGGUAAAUAUGAAGAUAUGUUAACAUAGGUUUUGUUUUCAAUUUCACACGUCUUCAGUUUUUCAGUAUCAUAGUUUUUUUUGGUCCUCCAAUAUAGUGUUCCAGUUGUUGGAGUUCCUAGUUUUGCUAAAUGGCAAAGCUGUACAUGUUGAAUUCAGAUACCUUAUGGUAAAUAAAAAAUGUUUUGGAAUUAAAAACAAUAGGUGAGGUUACACAAUUUUUGUGAGGAGAAAAAUAUUUGCAUCCAUGUUUCGGUGUACGUUUGUUAUGCCUUUUCUCCAGUGAUACUUUUGACAAUUAAAUGGAAAAACCUUUGGUCACAGCUGUUCUUCAGAGUGUUUAUGAUUGUAGAUUUGUCUGCUUUCUAGUGCCCUUGAUACGGUUUGCUUAAAAUAGAAGAGUGGUUUUUCAU